CGACACCUCAAAGCCCUAUUCAAUGCGUGACUCUUGCUGUCAUUCUGCCAUCACGAUAUUCUUCUAUUUCCCCGUACAUCGAGCAACUCCACAAAUUAAACUCGGCUAGAAUCGGUACGUGUGAGAUCUGGACAUUCUCACUCCUGACUGCCUUUACACAUACCUCACCAUGGCAUCUGUCACACGAACUCUUCGUCCGCUCGCUCGCGCGGCAGCAUCAACCGUAUCUCGAACGACUCUGAGCCGAGCAGCAUUGGUCCGAUCAACUCCAGCAACGUCGCGAUGUUUAACCUCUACGCCUCAACGAAGAAAUGCCACACCCAUGGACCUCGACGCCCUCCAACCCACGCCGAUCUUCCACCUCAGCGAGACCGAAGCCGCCAUGGCCGAGACCGUCAACAAGUUCGCCAACGAUGUGAUCCUUCCGAAAGUACGCGAAAUGGACGAGGCGGAGAAGAUGGACCCGGCGAUUGUGGAGCAGCUGUUCGAGCAGGGUCUCAUGGGCGUCGAAAUCCCCGAGAAAUACGGUGGCGCGGGCAUGAACUUCACAUCUGCUAUCGUGGGAAUUGAGGAAUUGGCAAGAGUAGACCCUAGUGUCAGCGUCCUGUGUGACGUGCAUAACACACUUGUCAACACUGCGAUCAUCAAGUGGGCAUCCGAAGACCUCAAGAAGAAGUGGCUACCGGCACUCGCCACCAACACCGUGGGAUCAUUCUGCUUGUCCGAGCCGGCAUCCGGUUCCGACGCCUUCGCAAUGAAGACUAAGGCCGAGAAGACCGCGGACGGCUACACGAUCAACGGCAGCAAGAUGUGGAUCACCAACUCCAUGGAAGCAGGAUUCUUCAUCGUGUUCGCCAACCUGGACCCAUCCAAGGGCUACAAGGGUGUCACAGCUUUCGUCGUUGACAAAGCAAACCCGGGCCUCACAAUCGCGAAGAAGGAGAAGAAGCUCGGAAUCAAGGCAUCGUCGACCUGCGUUAUCAACUUCGACGACUGCAAAGUGGCAAAGGGCGACCUGCUCGGCAAGGAGGGAGACGGCUACAAGUACGCCAUCGGUCUGCUCAACGAGGGUCGUAUCGGUAUCGCCGCCCAAAUGACCGGUCUCGCCCUCGGCGCCUUCGAAAACGCCGCCAAGUACGUCUGGAACGACCGCAAGCAAUUCGGCCAGCUGGUCGGUGAGUUCCAGGGCAUGCAGCAUCAGCUCGCGCAGGCGUGGGUCGACAUCCAAGGCGCUCGUGCGCUCGUCUAUAACGCCGCACGCAAGAAGGAGGCGGGUCAGGACUUUGUCAUGGAUGCGGCUAUGGCUAAGCUGCAAGCCUCCAAUGUUGCGGGCAGAGUUUCUGGCCAGGCAAUUGAGUGGAUGGGUGGUAUGGGAUUCGUGAGAGAGGGCCUCGCGGAGAAGUACUGGCGUGAUUCGAAGAUUGGUCAGAUUUAUGAGGGAACGUCGAAUAUCCAGCUGACGACGAUUGCGAAGCUGUUGCAGAAGCAGUACACGACAUAAGGUCGUGGGGAGGACUUGGCUUUGCU